CCAGCAGAACUAAAAUCGCGGAGUCUACCAUUGAAGUAACGUUAACGAAAGGAACCCUAGCCGUUAGUCGGUGCGCACCAUUGAAGAAUUUGUAAACCCUCAACAGCGGACUUCCAAAUUUCUUCACGGCGAGGCGUCGCUUCUUAGCUUCCUAAACCAUAGCGAUGGCGGAAGAGAUAGAAGAAGAAAAAUCCUUCAAAGAUUUGGGAGUGAAUGAGCAAUUAGUUGAUGCCUGUGAUAGUUUAGGCUGGAAAGUCCCCACGAAGAUACAAAUUGAAGCUAUUCCUCUUGCCCUUGAAGGGAAGGACAUAAUCGGGCUCGCCCAAACCGGUUCGGGUAAAACCGGUGCCUUUGCCAUCCCAAUUAUACAAGCUCUUCUCGAAAAAGAGCAAGCCUUUUUCGCCUGCGUGCUCUCCCCAACACGUGAACUUGCUAUCCAAAUUUCUGAACAGUUUGAAGCCUUGGGGUCCGGCAUUGGCCUCAAGAGUGCAGUGCUUGUGGGAGGCGUAGACCAUGCGCAACAGAGCAUUUUGCUUGGGAAGCGGCCACAUAUUGUCGUGGCAACACCUGGCCGUCUUGUUGAUCAUCUCUCUAAUACCAAAGGAUUCUCUCUUCGUGCAUUGAAAUACUUGGUACUAGAUGAAGCAGAUAGAUUGCUAAAUGAGGAUUUUGAGAAAACGAUUGAUGAAAUUUUGGGCGUUAUUCCUCGUGAGCGAAGAACAUAUUUAUUUUCUGCAACAAUGACUAAAAAGGUGAAAAAGCUCCAGAGAGCUUGUCUAAAAAAUCCUGUAAAGAUUGAAGCUGCAUCCAAAUAUUCCACUGUUGAUACGCUUAAGCAGCAGUAUUGCUUUGUUCCGGCGAAGUAUAAGGAGUGCUAUCUUGUUUUUAUUCUCACCGAGAAGCCAGAAAGUACAUCUAUGGUUUUUACUCGAACAUGUGAUGCAACUGUUCUUUUGGCUUACCUUCUUCGGAACCUUGGCUUUAGAGCCAUUCCGAUUAGUGGUCAUAUGAGCCAGGCAAAAAGACUUGGAGCCUUAAACAAAUUCAAGUCUGGAGAGUGCAACAUACUCAUCUGUACUGAUGUUGCCAGUAGAGGACUUGAUAUCCCAUCUGUAGAUAUGAUUAUCAACUACGAUAUCCCCAUCAACUCAAAGGAUUAUAUACAUCGCGUUGGAAGAACUGCUCGUGCUGGACGCUCUGGGAUUGCAAUAUCAUUGAUCAAUCAAUACGAGAUGGGAUGGUACCUGCAAAUAGAGCAACUUAUUGGUAAAAAGUUACCGAAGUACCCUGCUGAGCUGGAUGAGGUGUUGCAACUGUUGGAACGUGUAACCGAGGCCAAAAGAAUAUCUGUGAUGAAAAUCAAAGAAACUGGAGGAAAUAAGAGGCGAAAAGGUGGUGAAGGUGAUGCCCAGGAAGAGAUUGAGAAAUAUUUAGGUCGUAAUAAAGGGAAGUCGUUUAAGAAGACAAAAAGAUGAUGAGAAAAGGAUCAUCUUCAAGGGACUUGUUCUAAUUUGGAUUUCUCAUUUUUGUACUUAAAUUAGUAUAAUUAUGUUUCCUUGCGAGGGAAAAUUUUGUAGGAUAAUUUUGAUCAUAUCUUUUAUGGUUUACAUGAGUCUAAACGUGAAUAUUGGCAUCAAUGCUACAGCCAUAUGUCUACAUAUAUCUAUGACAAAACUGAUUCUAUA